AACGACGAGUGCCACGGGUCGCCAGUCCACCAUGUUUCUUUCUUCGAUUUGCGCGUUCGCGGUGGUCUCGGCCUGCGCCGCGAAGAUAUACGACAAGUGCGAGCUGGCGCGCGAGCUGAAGAACUUCGAUCUUCCGGAUCAACAGAUCCCCACGUGGGUGUGCAUCGCCAAAUACGAAUCCCUAUUCGACACAAGCGCAACAAACAACGGAACCGGAGAUCACGGACUGUUUCAGAUCUCCCAACAGUAUUGGUGUUCACCUCCGGGUUUCGGCUGCAAUAAGCGUUGCUCCGCCUUCAGAGACGACGACAUUGCCGACGACGUAGAAUGCAUACGUAGAAUAUUCAAUGAACACAAAAGACUAUCCGGUGAUGGGUUCAACGCCUGGGCGGUCUACCCCCUGUAUUGCAGUGGCGACAACUCGCAAUUCCUGAAGGGAUGCCCUGACGGAGACGGCGAUGGCGUCAACGCCAUCCAAAACCAAAUUUCAAGUUUCGUGGACGAAUUUGAUGACGGGUAUGAAUUUCCGCCGCUGCCGUCGCCAAGGGUACCAAAUGCAGAGAUUAUGUCAUUACCCACCACAACGUAUCGAGUUGAAGAGAAGAAAUCAACAACGGCGGUACCGUCAAUCGCAAAGGGCAUACCUUCGGAUACCUUUACGCUGAACAUUACCUCCAAACCAAAAACUAAUUUUACCAUUACAACCAAAGCGAUCAUCAACGAGCAUCAGUUUAUUACACCUCGAAAUAAUACCACCGAGUCAGCGGUCACCAAAAAGCUAUUUUCUACGACCACUUCAUCACCAGGGAUACCUUCGGGCAAGCAGCUCACAUUUCCGACGUAUUUCCCUUCGUGGUUUCAAACUUUACCGCCUGCCCCGCCUAGACCAACGAGAAGAACGACACAGAGGCCGGGAUCCGAGUUAGCAACCACGUUCAGACCCGGAUUGGGACAACAGACCACCAGGAGACCGUUGCUUAACAGACCGGGGUUGCCAUUGCUUAGCGGAGCCAGACCGUUCAACCAGAGACCUUGGCGACCAUUUGGCUCCAUCACGACGAGUCAACUGCAUCAGUUGGGGUCCGAAACCCAGUCGUUUAGUGCCUUGCGCUUCGAAGACGAUGAACCAGAUAUCAUGUUAGGUUCAGAUUAUAUUUUUCGUAGAACUCAGUUUGGCUAUCGCCUCUACAGAACAGUUUAGAUGAAUUGCGAAUGCAUUCUGUACGAUAUGAGACUGAACGUUGGAUAAGUUUAGGUUUAGGCUAGCUUAAGGCGCAUGAUUUUUGUCAAUAAAGUGCCUUGUAUUUUACGAAGCGUUUA